UUCCUUCGCUCUCUCUUCAAUACCUCUCUUUCCUGCCUUUUCCUUACAAACAAACAACUAAAAAAAUAAAAGAAGUAAGCUCCUUUCUCAUCUUCAUCCCCCAACCUUUUCUUUCUAACAGAAAAACAAAAAAAUAUGGGAUACCCACCAGUUAACUUCUCUAAACAGAAGAACAUUCUUUUCAUCAGAAGCUUUAUGAUAUUAUUCCUCAGCUGCCUCACCAUUAGAAAUAACCAUUGUUUCUCUAACAUCCUUUCAUUAAACACACUCCAGCUUGAUGGACAUUUCAAUUAUGAUGAUGUUCAUCAUGCAGCCAAGGAUUUUGGGAAUAGGUACCAAUCCUUACCUAUAGCAGUGCUACAUCCAAAAUCUGUUUCUGACAUAGCCACUACUGUAAAGCAUAUUUGGGAUAUGGGUCCUACUUCAGAGCUCACGGUUGCAGCCAGAGGCCAUGGUCACUCGCUCCAAGGACAGGCACAAGCCCACAGAGGAGUUGUCAUCAACAUGGAAUCUCUCAAGGGCCAUGAAAUGAAGAUUUACACAGGGAAAUUCCCAUAUGUGGAUGUCUCUGGUGGUGAGUUGUGGAUAAAUAUCCUGCAUGAGAGCUUGAAAUAUGGGUUAACGCCAAAAUCGUGGACAGACUAUCUACAUCUAACCGUUGGAGGUACACUAUCUAAUGCUGGGAUCAGCGGACAAGCAUUUCGGCAUGGCCCCCAAAUAAGCAAUGUCCAUCAGCUGGAGGUUGUUACAGGGAAAGGCAAGGUGGUUAACUGUUCAAGGGAACAGAAUGAAGACCUAUUUCACAGUGUUCUUGGAGGACUUGGUCAGUUUGGCAUCAUAACCCGCGCAAGAAUAUCGUUGGAAGCAGCACCUGCAAUGGUAAAAUGGAUUAGAGUGCUGUACACAGAUUUCGCAACAUUUACCCGAGACCAGGAGCAUUUAAUAUCUGCACAAAACAAAUUUGAUUAUAUCGAAGGGUUUGUGAUAAUAAACAGGACUGGCCUGCUAAAUAACUGGAGGACAUACUUCAAUCCACAAGACCCAGCUCGGGCCAGCCAAUUCAAGUCAGAUGGAAAGACUCUCUUCUGCCUAGAGUUGGCCAAAUACUACAACCUUGACAAGGCUGAAAUGGUAAAUGAGGAAGUCCAGAAGUUGUUGAGUGGAUUAAGCUAUAUCCCUUCAACACUUUUCUUAUCAGAAGUUACAUAUGUAGAGUUCCUUGACAGGGUUCAUGUGUCUGAAGUCAAAUUACGAUCAAAAGGCUUGUGGGAAGUUCCACAUCCAUGGCUCAAUCUUUUCAUACCUAAGAGCAAAAUACACACUUUUGCCGAAGGAGUCUUUGGCAAUAUCCUUACACAGACAAGCAAUGGCCCCAUCCUUAUAUAUCCAGUUAACAAAUCAAAGUGGGACAAUAGAACUUCUGUAGUUAUCCCAGAGGAAGAUAUUUUCUACUUAGUUGCAUUCCUGACCUCUGCAGUUCCUUCUUCAACAGGAACUGAUGGCUUAGAACACAUCUUAACUCAGAACAGAAGAAUCCUAGAGUUCUGUGAAAUAGCCACUCUCGGGGUGAAGCAAUAUCUACCCCAUUACACCACUCAGGAAGAAUGGAAAGCCCACUUUGGGCCACGCUGGGAAGUAUUUGCACAGAGAAAAUCUAUUUAUGACCCUUUGGCAAUAUUUGCUCCUGGCCAACGAAUAUUUCAAAAGGCAAUACCCUUCUCGUGACAGUGAUCACAUGCUACUUUAGAAAAGAAGGGGCCCUUGAGGGCUCUGGCAUGCAGGAGAAAUUCCAUAGCCGCAAAUGCAGUAAACUAAUAAUGAUUAUUCACGUGCCUUCUCCUAAAUCCUUAUUGCCACAAUGAAGCUGCAGCGGCUGGUUGAGAUUCUUUUAAGGGGGUCAAAUAUUUCGGUUAUGAAUGAUUAACUAUUGGAAAAGGGACUGAAAACAGUAACCUCGAGAGAAUGUAUAUAUCAUUUUUGUAUACAUCAGACCAAAUACUUAUCUGAUGAAUCUACUGUCAAAGAGAUGUAAUAUCACUGUUGUGCUAAAAUAAAUGGUGAAAAAUCAAA